AGAAAAAAAAACCGACUGUAAAAAAUCAUAGACAUAUUUGACUAUAUGGUAAAAAUUGACUCCCCAGACUAGCAGAGGAUUGCUGACAAUUGCGUUUUUUCCUACAUGACCUGAAUGUAGCUUUGGCUUGCUCUGCUGCAACAAUGGCCACUAUCUGUCAGAUAUGGAGACCGGACCGGGGACGGUGCUUCAAAACCUCUGGAAUUGUUAUCGUUUUGUUUAUGGACCUGGUCUUACAGUGUGUUAAUGGGUACCUGAGCUCUCCUCACGUUGGCCAGGAGCCUCCGUACACCAGAGAUGCCCAGCAUGCACCUGUCAUCACCAGUCCAGUGGUCCCUGCUGCAGCCUCAGUGUCUCCCGCAGAUGCAGAGAGCUACGCUUCCAGGUGUCCUAGUGGGGGUUUGUGUAGUCGCCUGCCAGCUGAUUGCAUGCACUGCAAUUACCAACACAACUGCACCUACAGGAAACCAGCUUCCUUCACUUGUAAACCCAAAAAAGGAGUUCACUGUAUUGGAGAAUCGGGUCAGCAGCAAACCAACUUCUCUCUCUCCAUCACCUGUCAGUUCUGCUGGCAGCUGGACCCGUCUCAGUACCGCUGCUCAAACUCUAACAACUGUAUGACGGUUUCCUGCCCACGCAAGCGCUACAACGCCACCUGUGACGUGUUAGACCAUGUACAUUGUUUAGGUAAAAGACAUUUCCACAAACGUUUAUUUUGUAACUGGACAGGUGGAUACAAAUGGUCAACGGCCUUAGCACUCAGCAUCACGCUCGGUGGUUUUGGGGCUGAUCGGUUUUACCUGGGCCAGUGGAGAGAGGGCCUGGGCAAACUGUUCAGCUUUGGAGGCCUGGGCAUUUGGACUUUGAUAGAUGUUCUUCUGAUAGGGGUGGGUUAUGUGGGACCUGCUGACGGUUCUCUUUACAUCUGAAGCAAAGCUCCGGAGAGAUGGCCGGAUGGUUUGUGCCCUCUUUCCCUUCACACCGCUUCACUCUCAAAGAUGGAAGAUCUGAGGUGCUGUGUUCUCGGAAUGAUUGCCCGCCCAAUCUUGCUGUGCAACACGUCCUCAUCCCAUCUGUUGACAGGCAGGAUGUGUUUUCGUCAGUGACUCUACCCACACAACCAUCAGAUCAAUCCCAAUCAUUCUGCGUCCGUCUCCUAUUGAGAUUCUGCAGAUGGAUCUGCAGGGGGAUGAAGAGCUAGUCAUUAUGUCUGUCUGGUUGGUUUGACUUAACUGGUGGUUAGGCUCUGCCGUGCUGAUAUAUAGACAGGUUUGGUUUCCUGUGGAGCGGUGCUUUCACAGACAUCCUGCCACCUUGGAGCCGUGUGUUGCUCCUUCCUUAUUGCACAGCUGUUUAUAGUGACACCAGACACAAUAGACGAGCUGAAAAGUAGUAGUUAUGUCCUGAAAGAAAGCAUGAUGCAGAAAGGAAUUUGUGCUAGUAUUUUGAUUCACAGUUGGUCUUGUGGAUGUGUUCCACGGUUAUUUUACACAUUCUUUUUUUUCCCCACUACAUUGAGUCAGUCCACAACUGUAAGAAUAUCGCCUUAAGAGCGAGAUAAAUAAUACCAUUGCUUAAAUCAAAUGUUGGAAAUCUUGUUGAUAACGUCCACAUGUUGUAAAACUAAAUACAAAAGAGCUAUUGUAUCUUCAAACAGCAACUGGAACUGGUCGAGAACCGGAAAGAAGUGCAGACGCGUGAACUCUUAAUUUAUGUCAUCAUCACUUACUGCAACAUGUAGUCAUAUUUUUUGGAAACGCAGAGAUAAUAAUCUCUAAUGGUGUAUGUUUGUACGUGAUUGAUAUUGAAACACUUUGAAUGUGUUGCACUAGAAACUGCUGUUACUUGUGGUUUCCCCGUGUUGGAGAUAUUGGAGAUAUCCCGUGCAUUCAAGCUAGUAUUUUUCCUCACUCAUCAUUCUGCUCAUUUGUAAAAAGAAUUCUGUGUAAGAUCUUUGCUUGAGACCGUGUGUGGCACAAAUGUGCUCGCCCUUCACUUCAUGUGAAUAUGUUUUCUGUUUUCAGUGUCAGGUAAUUUGAAUGUUUUGAACACUGUAAAUGACGUUUUUUUUAAGUUAUGUAAAUAAAAUUGUGGAAUACUA